UGCACUCGUUUCAUAAUGGCAAAAGAACGAAGCCCACGAGAACAAUGGCAAAGUGGCGAAGCCCAGUUUUGACAAUGGCUAAAUCCCAAAUUUCUCCGCCGCCGCCGCCCGCCGUCGCCGCUCUCGCUCGCACCGUCGCAUCGCCGCAGGAUUCGCAAAGAUGGCGGUGCCGCUGCUGACGCAGAAGAUCGUGAAGAAGCGGGUGAAGCAGUUCAAGAGGCCCCACCUCGACCGCUACAAGUGCCUCAAGCCAAGCUGGCGCAGGCCUAAGGGUAUUGACUCCCGCGUCAGGCGGAAGUUUAAGGGAUGCACCUUGAUGCCCAACAUUGGAUACGGCUCUGACAAGAAGACCAGACACUACCUUCCAAACAAGUUCAAGAAGUUCGUUGUACACAAUGUCUCUGAGCUUGAGCUGCUUAUGAUGCACAACAGGACGUACUGUGCUGAGAUUGCCCACAACGUCUCCACCCGCAAGCGCAAGGAGAUUGUCGAGCGCGCUGCGCAGCUGGACAUCGUGGUCACCAACAAGCUUGCCAGGCUCCGCAGCCAGGAGGACGAGUGAAAUGUUCAGUAGUUGCAGUUGCAGUUGCGUUAGAGCAGUACUGAGAUUGAAGAUACCUUUCCAGUUUCCACCAUUUGUAUGCUUGUGUUAGACUUGUUCUGUAGACGAAAUUUUGCUAUGAGUGAAUGGCGAACCCCAUCUAGUUUUGACCUGACAUCCAUAAAGUGUGACAGUGAUUUCCUAUCGCUUCAGAUUUUGAGUACAAAUUUUGUUACUGUGCGUCCAUGAUGUGUCGCAAAUA